AUGCAGGAUAUGAUGGCUGCGCUGGUCAAUGCAAUCAACCGCCAGUCGGACUUACUACUGCAGCAAAACCAGAGAUUCGAGCAGCAAAAUCAAAGGCUCGAACAACAAAGUCGUCGCAUCGAUGCAAUUGCUGAAUCAAGGGUAACGGCGCAAGCUCGCCAAACUCGCCGUUCACCCACACCUGUGAGGAGCAGAACUUUCUCCAGGUCACGCUCACCACCUCACCGAAGGAGCGAGAGGAGGAUGAGCCCGAGGAGAAACGAGGAAGUAUCUCGAAACUCCACCCCGCCGAGGAGACACUCCCCUAGAAGGGACAAUCCUCCUCGCCACCAAAGACACCGAUCCCCGGAAGAUAAGGACAGCCACCAAGGCCCCCUCUCCCGAAGAAUCCGGGAACUCCCUCUACCGGUCGGUCUCGAGAAACCACCGGCAAUGGAUACCUACGAUGGCUCGACAGAUCCAGACGAGCACAUCGAGAAUCUGGAGGCUCUCCUCGAGUACAGAAAUCGCCAUCCAAAAACGGAAGCGACCCUCGAAGCCAUUAUUCAAGGCGAAACGGAGCCACUCAGGUCCUAUCUGGAGCGCUUCAACAAAGCGGCCGUCGAGGUAAAGGUCGAAGAAAGUAUGAAGCUGUACCUCCUCGACAGGGGACUCCGUCGGGACAGCGACUUAGCCAAAGCUGUCGGGAUCGAAGAGCCGAAAACGUUGGAUGCUUUCUUCGAAAAGGCGAAGAAGUACAUCGCCUACGAGGAGAAACUGAAGGCCAUAGAUUUAAGGAGGCCUAAAAGUCAGGAAAAACACAGGAACCACGAGAAAGAUGAAGCUGGAACCUCGCGAAGAGGUAACGAAAAAGGAAGGGAGGAUAGGAUCAAGGAGUCCAAACCUCCACGUGGAAAGUUCACAACUUACACUCCACUGAAUGCGUCAAGAGACCGCAUUUUUGCUGAACCAUGGACACGUCACUGA